CCGGCCCCGCAGCUGGCGUCUGCGGCUCCAGGGGUGGCGGGAGCAGGGGGCGCCGCGCUGGCCCCGCCCCAGCCCUUGGAGGAAGGGGAGUCGCUCCCUACCAGUGGGAGGGGUCGCGGCCCGCGUUCCCCUCCCCACCCGCCAGCCCCCGGGUUAAAUGCGGCCGCCGCCUCCACUCGCUCCAGCUGCCUGGCCGUCCGCACCUCGGGCACGCUUCCUGCGCCGUUACCUGGUCCAGCUGCCCGGGAGGCUCCGCCCGUCGGCUCCGCUCUGCGGCCGCGCCUCCGAGCUGUCCGGCAGGCUUAGGCUCUGAUACCCCUGUUCUCUGUUCCCCGAGGGCGAUGAGGGGGCGUCUAUGCUCGCAGCUGCCCAUGUUCCUGCUCCUUCUCCAGCCCUGGGAAACCCAGCUCCAGUUCGCAGGUCCCAGGUGCCGUACUGGGCCCCUGGAUUUGGUGUUCGUGAUUGACAGCUCGCGCAGUGUGCGCCCCUUCGAGUUCCAGACGAUGCGGCAGUUCCUGGUGAGCCUCCUCCGCAGCUUGGACGUGGGGCCCAACGCCACGCGCGUCGGCGUGAUCCAGUAUUCGAGUCAAGUGCAGAGCGUCUUCCCGCUCGGAACCUUCUCACGCCGCGAGGAUAUGGAGCGCGCCAUCCGCACUCUAGUGCCACUGGCGCAGGGCACCAUGACCGGGCUGGCAAUCCAGUACGCCAUGAACGUGGCCUUCAGUGUGGCCGAGGGCGCGCGCCCGCCGGAGGCGCGCGUGCCGCGCGUCGCUGUAAUCGUGACCGACGGGCGGCCCCAGGAUCGCGUGGCCGAAGUGGCGGCGCAGGCGCGCGCUCGCGGCAUCGAGAUCUACGCCGUGGGGGUUCAGCGCGCUGACGUGGCCUCCCUGCGCGCCAUGGCGUCCCCCCCGCUGGACGAGCACGUCUUCCUCGUCGAGUCCUUCGACCGUAUCCAGGAAUUUGGCCUUCAGUUCCAGCGCCGGCUGUGUCGAAAGGACCUGUGUGCUGAGGGGGGACACGGCUGCCAGCACCAAUGUGUCAGCUCCCCCGGCACGUUCCACUGUGCCUGCAACCCCGGCUACCGGCUAGCAGCAGAUGACAAGAGCUGUUUGGCCCUCGACCUGUGCACUGAAGGGACCCAUGGCUGUGAGCAUCACUGCGUCAGCUCCCCGGGCUUCUAUUUCUGUCGCUGCCGAACUGGCUUUGUACUCCAGCAGGACCAGAGGAGCUGCAGGGCCAUUGACCACUGCAGCUUUGGGAACCACAGCUGCCAGCAUGAGUGUGUUAGCACCUUUGGUGGGCCACGGUGCCGCUGCAGAGGGGGCUACAACUUGCUGCCCGACGGCAGGAGCUGUCAGGCCCAGGACCUUUGCAAUGGCGUAGACCAUGGAUGCGAGUUCCAGUGCGUGAGUGAGGGCUUCUCCUACCGCUGCCUGUGCCCUGAGCGGUGGCAGCUCCAGGCAGAUGGCAAGAGCUGCAGCCGGUGCCAGGAAGGCCACGUGGACCUGGUUCUGCUCGUCGAUGGCUCCAAGAGCAUGCGUCCGCAGAACUUCGAGCUGGUGAAGCGCUUCGUGAACCAGAUCGUGGACUUCCUGGACGUGUCCCCGGAAGGCACGCGCGUGGGGCUGGUGCAGUUCUCCAGCCGCGUGCGCACCGAGUUCCCACUGGGCCGCUACGGCACGGCGGCCGAGGUGAAGCAGGCGGUCCUGGCUGUGGAGUAUAUGGAGCGCGGCACCAUGACCGGGCUUGCGCUGCGCCACAUGGUGGAGCACAGCUUUUCAGAGGCGCAGGGCGCGCGGCCCCGGGCGCUCAACGUGCCCCGCGUGGGCCUGGUCUUCACCGACGGCCGCUCCCAGGAUGACGUCUCAGUGUGGGCGGCGCGCGCCAAGGAGGAAGGCAUCGUCAUGUACGCCGUGGGCGUAGGCAAGGCGGUGGAGGAGGAGCUGCGAGAGAUCGCCUCGGAGCCAGCGGAGCUGCACGUGUCCUACUCCCCCGACUUCAGCACCAUGACGCACCUGCUGGAGAACCUCAAAGGCAGCAUCUGCCCGGAGGAGGGCAUCAGCGCGGGGACAGAGCUUCGGAGCCCCUGCGAGUGCGAAAGUCUUGUGGAGUUCCAGGGCCGCACGCUGGGGGCGCUCGAGAGUCUGUCGCAGAAUCUGGCCCAGCUGACGGCGCGCCUGGAGGAUGUGGAGAACCAACUGGCCACCCAGAAGUGAGGGCCGCGGGUGGCCCGGACCCGGGCAAGGGGGGCGGCCCCGCGGACUGGGCCCCCUCGUGCGCCUUCCGGGCGCUGGGGCCGGGCAGAAGCUGGGUCCCCCAGGCUUGGGCUGUCGGGGGGAGGCGCUGGCGGGCUUCCAGCGCUGCGCUCGAGCUGGCCUCGCCUGGACCAGAAGCCGGACUGCGGGGGAUCGUGGGAGGGGAUGUGGGGGACGCGUGCUGCGCUCAGUUCUUUGUAGGAUUUCUUUUUUUGUUUUCUUUUUCUUACAAAAAAAAAAAAAGAACAAAAAAAUCUGGUUUCCACGGGGUCGGUGUGCGUGUCUUGCUGUGCCGCCAGGCGGAGGGGAGGCCAGACGGAGCGCGCUCCGGCGGCGCCCGGGCGGCGUCUCCUCGGAGAAAGGCGCA